AUGCUUUGCUGUUCCUUUCCUCCCCAUCUUUUAUUUAUUAUUAUUCCUUUAUUUUUUGCUAUUUAAUUUUAUGGUCACAAUCAUUUGUAUUAAAUAAUAUUCGUGGGUAUUUAUAAAUUUAAGUUCUUGCAUCACGCCCUACUUUAAAGUCUCUCUCUGAAUACUUGUACUGGGGAUAGUGGCCUACAGUCCACAGAUUUCUGUGCCAAGUCUUGAGCUUUUCAAGGUUGAUUUGUUCUUGUGCAUAUAAAAAGUUUGAUAAUUCAGUCUUGAAUUGCUGUGAAGAUGAACGGGGCUGCUUUGGUGGCAAUUGUUGCCACGAUUGGUAAUCUUUUGCAAGGCUGGGAUAAUGCUACUAUAGCAGGGGCUGUUGUUUACGUGAAGAAAGAACUUCAGUUGGGUAGUACUGCAGAAGGACUUGUUGUUGCCAUGUCACUUAUUGGAGCUACACUAAUCACAACGUGCUCUGGAAGUAUAUCAGAUCGGAUUGGCCGACGUCCAAUGCUUAUACUUUCAUCCACGUUCUAUUUUGUUAGUGGUUUGAUAAUGUUGUGGUCUCCUAAUAUCUAUACACUGCUUUUAGCAAGGCUUCUGGAUGGGUUUGGAGUAGGGCUGGCAGUUACUCUAGUUCCGCUUUAUAUAUCUGAGACUGCUCCCUCUGAGAUAAGAGGAUUGCUGAACACCCUACCACAAUUUCUGGGUUCUGCCGGAAUGUUUCUUGCAUACUGUAUGGUUUUUGGAAUGUCACUCAUGGAAUCACCAAGUUGGCGAUUGAUGCUAGGAGUUCUUUCUGCCCCCUCUGUUAUUUAUUUUUUGUUAGUUGUAUUUUAUUUGCCUGAAUCUCCUCGAUGGCUUGUGAGUAAAGGAAAGAUGACCGAGGCUAAACGAGUCUUACAGAAACUGCGUGGCCGGGAAGAUGUCUCAGCUGAGAUGGCUUUGCUUGUGGAAGGUCUGGCGGUUGGUGGUGAUACAACCAUUGAAGAAUACAUUAUUGGGCCUGCAAAUGAACUUACUGAUGAUCAAGAUCCAGAUGCGGAAAAAGAGCAGAUUAAACUGUAUGUACCUGAAGAAGGACUUUCAUGGGUUGCCAAACCUGUCACACGACAGGGUAGUAUAGGUCUUGCUUCUCGCCAUGGAAGUAUGGUAAACCAGGGUAGGUCUCUUGUAGAUCCGAUCGUGACUCUCUUUGGCAGUGUCCAUGAAAAACUUCCGGAGGCAGGAAGUAUGCGAAGCAUGCUAUUUCCAAAUUUUGGAAGCAUGUUUAGUAUGGCUGAUCCUCAUGUCAAACCCGAACAAUGGGAUGAAGAGAGCCUGCAGAGAGAAGGUGAAGAUUAUACAAGUGAUGCUGGAGGUGAAGACUCGGAUGAUAACUUGCAGAGUCCAUUAAUUUCACGUCAAGCAACGGAAAAGGAUGUGGUUCCUCCUCCUUCACAUGGCAGCGUUCUAGGUGUUAGACGCCAUAGCAGUCUCAUGCAAGGGCAUGCAGGAGAAGAUAGUAUGGGCAUUGGUGGGGGGUGGCAAUUGGCAUGGAAAUGGUCCGAGAGACAAGGUGAAGAUGGACAAAAAGAAGGAGGUUUCAAAAGGAUUUAUUUGCACGAGGAAGGGAUUGCUGGGUCCAGGCGUGGGUCUAUUGUUUCCCUUCCUGGCGGUGAAAUGGCAGAGAGUGAAUACAUACAGGCUGCUGCUCUUGUGAGCCAGCCUGCUCUUUAUUCAAAGGACCUUGUAAAUCAGCAUCCAGUUGGACCGGCAAUGGUUCAUCCUUCGGAAACUGUUUCUCAAGGGGUGGUAUGGACUGCUCUUCUCGAGCCAGGAGUCAGGCGUGCAUUGGUCGUUGGGGUUGGGAUUCAAGUCCUUCAACAGUUUUCUGGCAUUAACGGAGUGAUGUACUAUACUCCACAAAUUCUAGAGCAAGCAGGUGUUGAAGUUCUUCUUUCCAGCUUGGGAAUUGGUUCCGAGUCUGCAUCUUUUCUCAUUAGUGCAUUUACAACCUUGCUAAUGCUUCCUUGCAUAGCUGUUGCAAUGAGAUUCGUGGAUGUUGCUGGUAGAAGGACACUACUGCUCACAACUAUCCCUGUGCUGAUAGUUUCACUCGUUAUCCUAGUCAUCGGCAAUGUUUUCGAUCUGGGUACUGUUCUUCAUGCAAUCAUAUCAACCAUCUGUGUGAUAGUUUAUUUCUGCUGCUUCGUCAUGGGCUAUGGACCAAUCCCGAAUAUCCUCUGCUCAGAAAUAUUCCCUACAAGAGUUAGAGGCCUUUGCAUUGCCAUAUGUGCACUCUCGUACUGGAUCUGUGACAUUAUUGUGACCUACACAUUGCCUGUGAUGCUCACUUCGAUUGGAUUAGCUGGCGUCUUUGGCAUUUAUGCUGUUGUAUGUGUCAUAUCUUGGUUCUUUGUAUAUGCAAAGGUUCCAGAAACCAAAGGCAUGCCGCUGGAAGUUAUUACAGAGUUCUUUGCUGUUGGUGCAAGGCCGGUCGAUGAUGCUAAAGCAGAGUAACUAGAGACAGUUGAACUGUUUUUCAGUUCUUCCGCAACUUCUUUGCUGCUUGUAUAGUGCAGGUCAGUGCUGUCAAGAACUGGAGUUAUCGAGGAUAAUGGAAAUGGGUAGCACUUCUUCAAACUGAUAUGCUAGGAAUGGCACUCAACUUCUGUCUGCAAAUUUUGAACUUUGGUGUGAAGAACUAAUCUCAUAGUUUUUUUUUCUCUAUACAAUUUAGUUGUAAUACUUUGAAAUGAAUAUCUGUUUGUAAUUCUCUUUUCUUUCAUAAUAUCUUAUAUAUCUAGUUUUACUC